CGUGUGUGUCUGUGUGACAUGUUGAAAAUUUCUUCUUCUUGCUUUCUCAGUCUUCGUCCACUCAACGCCACCACCACCACUUCAGUUUCUCUCUUCAAACUCAAACCCCUCUCUUUCUCUCUCCUCUCACACAAAUUCCAUUUUUUGCAAUCUUGAAGCUUCGAGCUAUGUCUUCUCCCCCCUCCGCUUUCGACGCUCUCAUGUCCGGCGCGCGCAAAGCUGCUGCUUCUAAGAAGAAAUCGGAAAACAACAACAAUACUCCUUCUUCUUCUUCCCCAAGAAAACGAAAAAAAACCCUAGACCAAUCUCCCCCCAUUUCAGAAAACCCUAAUUCCGUACCCCUAGAAUCCAAUUCGAAAGUAGAACUAGCUACCCAAAACAACGAAUUGCAAAAUCCAGCUGUUAAAAAAUCUAAAAGUGAUGGUGGUAAUGUGGGUGAUUUUGUUGCCAAUUCGAAGAAAAAGCCAGCGGAUUUGGAAAACCCUAAUUCCACACCCCAAGAAUCCAGUUCGAUAGUGGAACCAGCUAUCCAAAAAAACGAAUUGCAGAACCCAGCUGUCAAAAAAGCUAAAAGUGAUGGUGCUAAUGUGGGUGAAUUUGUUGCCAAUUCGAAGAAAAAACCGGCGGAUUCGGAAAACCUCAAUUCCACACCCCAAGGAUCCAAUUCGAUAGUGAAACCAGCUACCCAAAAAAAUGAAUUGCGAAACCCUUUUGCCAAGAAAGCUAAAGUUAGUAUUAAUGUGGAUGAAUUUGUUGCUAAUUUGAAGAAGAAGCCGGCGAAUUUCGACCCGAAUUUGGCGGCUUGGUGGGAGGGUGGUGAGAAAGUUCCGUUUCUUUUUCUUGCCAAGGCAUUUGAUUUAAUCAAAGGCGAGUCUGGUAGGAUUGUGAUCACUGAUAUUACUUGUAAUCUGUUGAGGACUGUGAUUGCAAAGACUCCUGAAGAUCUUUUGGAGGUUGUUUAUCUUUUGGCCAACAAGAUUGCUCCUGGACAUCAAGGUUUGGAACUCGGAAUCGGAGAUGCUUCGCUCAUCAAGGCGCUUGCGGAGGCGUGUGGAGCUACUGAAACUGUUGUUAAGAAGUUGUAUAAGGAUUUAGGUGACUUGGGGGAUGUCGCCAAAGAAAUCCGUUCUAAGCAGAGUAUGAUGCGGCAACCUCCUCCACUGACCAUCAAUAAAGUUUUUAGUACUUUCCUGCUCAUCGCUCAGGCAUCUGGAAAGGAUAGUCAAGAAAGGAAAAAGAACUAUAUCAAGUCACUCCUUGUGGCUGCCAAAGAUUGUGAACCUGUAUAUUUGAUGCGGCUGCUUCAGGCAAAAUUGCGGAUUAGUUUGGCAGAGAAAACUCUUCUUGUUGCCCUGGGGCAAGCUGCUGUAUACUCCGAAGAGCACUCAAAGCCCCCGUCAAAUAUUCAAUCUCCACUAGAAGAGGCUGGAAAGAUUGUCAAGCAAGUAUACUCCGUGAUUCCUGUGUAUGAUAAAAUAAUCCCUGCCCUUCUCAGUGAUGGUGUAUGGAAUCUAUCAAAGACCUGUAACUUUGCACCAGGUAUUCCUAUAGGACCUAUGCUAGCAAAGCCAACAAAUGGAGUUUCGGAGAUUAUUGAUAAAUUUCAAGAUAUGGUAUUUACUUGUGAGUACAAGUAUGAUGGAGAACGUGCUCAAAUUCAUUUCAUGGAGGAUGGCUCUGUUGAGAUAUACAGCCGAAAUGCUGAACGGAACACGGGGAAGUAUCCUGAUGUUGUAGCUGCACUUCCCAGGUUCAAGAAGCCAUCUGUACAUUCUUUUGUUUUGGACUGUGAAAUUGUUGCUUAUGAUCGUGAGAAGCAGAAGAUUCUUCCGUUUCAGAUACUUAGCACCCGAGCUCGCAAAAAUGUUGCAAUAAGCGACAUAAAGGUUGAAGUUUGUGUUUUCGCUUUCGACUUAUUGUAUUUGAAUGGUGAAGCACUUCUCCAGGAGCAGCUUAAUGUUCGCAGAAAGCAUCUCUAUGGUUCUUUUGAGGAAGAACCUGGUUUUUUUCAGCUGGCUACAACGCUCGAGUCUAAUGAUCUUGAGGAGAUACAAAAGUUUCUUGAUGCUGCUGUUAAUGCCAGUUGUGAGGGGUUGAUCAUCAAAACAUUGGAAAAGGAGGCCACCUAUGAGCCUUCAAAGCGCUCUAACAACUGGCUUAAAUUGAAAAAGGAUUACAUGGACAGUGUUGGGGACUCUCUAGAUCUGGUGCCUAUUGGAGCAUUCCAUGGUCGUGGGAAACGAACAGGUGUUUAUGGUGCUUUUCUCCUUGCUUGUUAUGACAGUAACAAUGAAGAGUUCCAGACCAUAUGCAAAAUCGGUACUGGUUUCUCUGAGGUGGUGCUUGAAGAACGUUCUUCCAGUCUUCGUUCUCAAGUGAUUCCCAAUCCGAAGUCAUACUAUCGAUAUGGAGAUACCCUUAAACCAGAUGUCUGGUUUGAGCCCUCUGAGGUGUGGGAGGUCAAAGCAGCUGACUUGACUAUUAGUCCUGUUCACCGAGCUGCAGUUGGUGAAGUAGAUUCUGACAAGGGAAUUUCACUUCGAUUUCCACGUUUGCUUCGUAUUAGAGAGGACAAAGCUCCAGAGGAUGCCACAUCAUCUGAUCAGGUGGCAGAAAUGUACCGUUCUCAAGCAAACAAUCCGCACCGUAAAAGUAAAAAUGAUUUGGAAGAAGAGGACUGAUACCCUGUUCCAUUUCAUUUAUAAUGGAGCAAGUCUUCUGUUUGAAACUAAUCCUGUUUCAUGAGCAUCUUGUUGGGGACUCAUAAAGAUCAAGGCGUAAUCGUGGUUCAAUUGCAUCAAGUUGCUCAGACGUCGUUGAGUGGCAACACGUAAAACAGAGCCAAUUUACAGCAAAUUGGACAACCAUUUGCUCAAUUUUUGAAGAUGCCUGGUAAAAUAUACCAAAAUAUGGAUCUACAAAACAAAAAAAAAGAUGAUGAGAUGUUGGGGCUUAGUUAGUUGUAGGCUUGUAGGCUUGUAGCAGUAUGUGUACUCUUCGGUAUUACCAACCUUUUCAUCUUUCUGUGUUUGUAUGAAUUUUUAGCUGAUGAGGGAAUGUAUAUACUUUUCAAUUGUAUCAAAUGGGUUGCUCUCUGUACCUAUUAUGAAUCUUGUUCAUCAAUCAGUAAUAAAACCUUUCUAGCAUUUAAUUGGAUACUUUAAUUGUUUA